GACCAGGUAGCGCUAAUGCGGAUAUCCUGGGUGUUUUUACGCGUGCUGAUGCACUUUGAGCGCCCGUGACAUCUUCACUUAGAUCAUAAGUCGAGGUACUAGUGUCAUCAGGUUACACAGAACCGUCAUGUCGUCCAGUGUGGCAGCCGUGCUGCGGGCUGUGGAGACGCCGCUCUUCUGGCUCGGUGCUCUGACCGCCUCCUGGCUCUCCGUGUGCGCCGUGUACCGGCUGCUGUCCGGGAUCAGGGUGUGGGUGCUGGGCAACGGGCGGCUCGUGUCACCCACCGCUCUGGGGAAAUGGGCAGUUGUGACUGGAGCCACGGAUGGAAUUGGGAAAGCUUAUGCAGAACAACUCGCCCGCAGAGGCUUCGCCAUCGUGCUCAUCAGUCGUUCUCAAGAGAAGCUGGAUGAAGUUUCCAAAGAGAUUGCAAGCAAAUGUGGCGUGGAGACGAAAACCAUCUCCGCAGACUUCAGCUCUGUGGACAUCUACUCCAGGAUUGAAGCUGGACUCGCAGGCCUUGAGGUUGGCGUGUUGGUGAACAACGUUGGAACAUCCUACACUUACCCUGAGUUCUUCCUAAACAUCCCAAACCUCGAACAAUUCAUCGACUCCAUGGUCAAUAUUAACAUAACGUCUGUGUGUCAGAUGACACGUCUGGUUUUGCCGCGGAUGGUGGAGAGGAAGAAGGGCGCCAUCCUCAACAUCUCGUCAGCCAGUGGGAUGUAUCCUGUACCUCUGCUCACCGUCUACUCCGCCACCAAGGCGUUUGUGGAUUUCUUUUCACAAGGUUUGCAAACUGAAUACAGGAGCAAGGGCAUCAUCAUCCAGAGUGUUCUUCCGUUUUUUGUGACCACCAAGCUGAGUAAAAUCCGCCGGCCCACGCUGGACGUGCCCAGUCCUGAGCGCUACGUCGCAGCUGAGCUCAGCACCGUGGGGCUGCAGACUCAGACCAACGGCUACCUGCCGCACGCUGUCAUGGGUUGGGUGACUACAGCGCUGCUCCCUGCCAGGAUCCUCAACAGCUACGUGAUGGGCGUGGGUCUGUCCCAGCGCGCUCGUUUCCUCAAGAAGCAGAAGCAAGGAUAGACGCAGCGGCAGCCGGAGGCCGGCGGCGCUCAGGAGGCGGACACUUUCUGGGCAACUCCUCCGUUUGUCUGCCUCUGUGUCCUCAGAUGCCGUUACACAUAUUUAGUGCGAGCAUUGUCAUCAUAAACACAAACUCUUUAUCGAGUGAUCAGCUUUAACAUGGAAUCUAAACCAACUCCCACUACUAAUCAUCUGCCUGCAGAGCGUAAUCUGACUCACGGAGGCUGUAGAAGGUGUGAGACUGGGCCUCGCUAACAUGUGGACCGGCUUAAAGCUGCUUAACACCUUUAAAGGCACUUACACAGUUUAUUAGACGCUACACCACUUUCUGAGCACCUUUGUCUUCCUGCAUGAAAUCCAUAAUCUUUGUUCAUUCCAGUGAUCUUUCCUGCGUUAAUGUUGUUGGAGCGGUUCUCUCUUCAAUAUGUUCAUUAAUUGACAGAAAAUUGAUGGUUACAUUUACGUAGGUACCAUUUUCCAAAAUUGUUCAUGAUUCCAGUAAAAUCCUAUUGGUGAGGUUGUAAUGAGUGAGUGCUUUUCUCUGAUGUGAAAUUGUGUGUAAUUUUUUACAGAUGCAUCGUGUAAAAUCAGACCACCAGGCACAUGAAGCUGUGUAGUGAUGCAGGGACUUUACUUUUCCUUCUCAUUCCAGACGUGGGCUCAUAUUCCACUUGUCUCUGUUCAGAUAUUUGAUUUCAGCCUGUACUGUAUUAAUUCCCAUGAACGUGUUCUUUGAAACAUUUCACUCCUGUUAACUGUUUAGUGCAGCAUCUGGGAACGAUGGUGGUGGUUUCCUCCUGGGCGCUCGUACUUUGUUGUUUAAUGUCUGCAAUAAAACACGUCAUGUUCUACAUGACUAUGAAAACUAGUCCAUCAAUAAAAUGUCUUUCAAACAGC